AGUUGCAGGUCUGACUGUUGGUCAGUGCGUUUCCAGGGAGUGAGCCAAGCAGGCGAAUCCCAUGCGAAUCGGCCGCGUCGGAGGAUUUUGGAUCAUAGGAUUUGGACCCGUCUGAACGGAACUUCGGAUCGCCCAGCUUCAGAUAGCAAGCCAUGGCGGCCUGGUUCAUUGUUGUCCUAUCAGUGCCACUUGCAGCAGGUGACAACUCCUUGUUGCACCCCUUGGCACUGGAGCGUCCCGAUGCCAGCGUGUUUCCAUUGCCCGCACAAGCUCGUCACCUUCCACCCUUUGGCACGGAAGUGGAUGGGGCGAAGGCCACCAACAAAUUCUGGGCCAAUUGGGUGGUCGAAGAAGGUCGCGAGUUGUCCAUCCAUGCCAUGCCCUAUGUCUUGCGCUAUGAUGCUUCCACCGGACAACCGAACAUGAAGGUGUCCCGGGCCAGCAGUGACGCCCGAGUCAUGCAGUAUGGUGAUUCUGAGACCAACGGUGGGGAAAAGAUCAGGUACUACUUCUCACCCUUCGUGAGCGAGUUUGGCUUGUCAGCACUGGAGGUCGCCAGCCAAGAAGGACAAACGAUUGUGAAGGAGGGCUUGUUCGGAGUUCAUGCAGAGGUGCGCGGACCCAGCGGCACUGGACGCAAGAUCCUUUUCCCCAUCUACAGUGGCAUGGCUUAUGUCUCCGGCUUCUAUACGGGAUUCACUCCGAAGAUUUCAUCCGACCGAGCCUUGCUUGUGGUUGAGCGCGUCAGCAAUGGAAUUUGGAGACUCCUCAACAAUGGUGGAAAGGAAUUCCGCUUGUACGCCCUGGACGCCUCUGGUGCCUUUGCCGACGAGUCCUUCGACUUCACGGCUCAGGGGACGAUGACGAAGGCCUUCGAGGGUUGGAUUCGCCUGGCCGAAGUGCAGGCACCUGAGGAUCGAGACAUCUUGGACUUUCACGCUGCGGCGGUGCUGGUGGAUUGGCACCUGGAGCUGGAAGCUGAUGGCUUGAUCACGUACCGCUUCACCAAAGAUGCCGCUGUUCCAAAGCAAGUCUUGCACUUUGCCAACGCACACCAUCAGAAGCUCUUGGCUGGCAAUACGCAGGUGGUGACGCAGCUCACACCGCUGGCUCCGCCAACCAAAGGGCUGAUGAAGGGCGUGGCAGGAGACCUGUGGCACUUGCAGGUGAACGUCUCCGAGACGAGGAGCCUGGGCUUCUUACCGGACACCGAGCCAGACAGCAGUAAGGAAGAGGACUUGAAGCAGAAGGCUUAUGGGACUUUGCAAUUCUUCCUGCACUCGGAUCAGUGGAAGCAAGCUAUGUUCAAGGGCAGCUAUUAUUUCAGUGGCAAAGGCUUUCAGAAGGUGGCCUAUACCUGCUUGAUGCUGGAGAAGUACUAUGGCAAGGAGCACAGCCACACGCAGUCUUGCGCCAAUCUGUUAAUCAGGGGCUUCCAAUGUCUCUACGCUCCAACCGUGCCUGAGUGCAACGGUGCUCCUUUGGGCUUGUACUACGACGAAGAGUGGCAUGGAGUGGCCAGUCGUGAGGGCUUCAGCGACAUCGGGUGCAGGAACGCGGACUUCGGGAAUGCAUGCUACAACGAUCACCACUAUCAUUUCAGCUACUAUGUGGUCUCCGCUGCCGUGUUGGUGAAGUUGAAGCCAGAGUUCGCUCAGAACCAGGACACGCACUUCCCCCAGUUCCGUUCCUUCGACUGGUUUGACCUUCACAGCUGGAGCCGUGGGGUGAUUCCAUCCGCGGAUGGUAAAGAUCAAGAAUCCACAUCUGAGGAACUCAACCUUCUGUACGGAAUCCACCUGUGGGGCAUGGUGUUGCAACGCGAGCCCUUGCGGGAACUCGGCACCACGAUGCUGACCCUUUGUGCCAUGACCAUCCGUGAGUUCUUCCUGAUGAAGGAGGACAACCCUCACCAUCCUGAGGAUUUUGUGACGAACCACGUCACAGGCAUUUUCUUCCAGAACAAGGUGGAUUAUGCCACUUGGUUCGGCUGGCGCUACGAUUUCAUCCACGGCAUUCAGAUGCUUCCGGUGACCCCUGCCCUACUGAUGAUCCGAACGCCAGAGUUUUGUCGCCAGGAGUGGGAUAACAUUCUCUCGCGCUUGCCGUUGAGUCCCACGGACCCCUGGACCUCGCUGCUCGUCACCGGCACCUUGGCGAUCAUCGAGCCCGAGGAAGCCUACCAGAGGUUGAACGCCAUGCUGCCUGAGCACAUGGACGACGGCCUGACGUGGGCCUGGGCCCUCUAUUGGUCCGCCUCGCUGUCCGGUACUGCCGGAGCUCCCAGCACCAGUCUGGUCUCCAGCACUGGGUCCACCGGAGCUGCAGAGGAGAACUUGGCUUUGUACCGACUGGCUGUGGCCUCUUCUGAGCUCUCUGCAGACUUCGCAGCCGCGCGCGCCGUCGAUGGCCUCUUCGUCACACGUUGGAGCCCCACUGUGGCAGAGCUGAGCCCGUGGAUCUCGGUCGACCUUGGAGCAGUGCACGCCUUGUCCCAUGUGGUGCUGUUGUGGGGUGAAUUCUAUCCCAGCAGUUACCUCUUGCAGGGAGCUAUGGCGAGUGACUGGACCACUCUGGCCGUGGCCCUGGGCUCCUCCGAGUUGCAACGCUUGGACGUGCACGGCACCUUCGCCCGCUGGGUCCGUGUGCAGUGCCAGAGCGGUGGCGACCUGCGACUCUGGGAGUUCCAGGUGUUUGAGGAUGCGGAAACACCUGUCAUCUCCACCACCGAGCCCAGCACCACAGCCAGCACUGCAACUACAUCGACUGCAGCAACCACAGCGACCAGCCAGGCUCAAAGCACAACCAGUGUGUCUGAUGUAGUCACCACGGUGAUCCCCGAAACCACCACAGUCGUGACCAGCACAGUUAGUGGGCCAUCCACUACAACUCCAUUCUAUGGACCGAAUCUCGCUUUCCAGAAGCCCGUUCUGUCCUCCUCCUUCCGAUCUGCCAUGGAACAUGCCUACAAGGCGGUGGAUGGUGACCUUGACUCCCAAUGGGCGUCAGUGGCGAUGAACGAUCAGUGGCUGUGGGUGGAUCUCUUGGGGCUUUAUGCGGUGAAUCGUAUCGUGCUCCUCUUCGGCGAUGUGCCGCAGCAGUUUGUGCUUCAGACUGCACCUGACGGCAUCAAGUGGACCGACCUGGCUACGGUGAACGGAGCUGACGGAUUUAUCAGCACUGAGUUCAGCCCACCUGCCUUGACGCAGUGGAUCAGGGUGGUUUGCCAGACUGCGUGCAGCAUUCGGGAGCUCACCAUCCAUGGCGAUGUGCCCGGGGCUAGCACAGCCCCGACCACCUCAAGCACGUUGUCACCAACAACUCCAGCGGUGUCAAGCACUCAGGAAGUAACAGGCACUUCAUCCUCUCCGCACACUACUAGCAGUGGAAGCACUGGAACUGUCAAUCGAGUGAACCUGGCGCAGCAGCGACCAGUGCUGGCCUCCAGCCAGCAGCUGCCAGAUGGACAUGUGAGUCGCAUGACUGACGGGUUGCUGAACACCCAGUGGGCCUCAGCCGUCGGAGAUGCGCAGCCAUGGGCCUGGGUGGACCUGUUGGGUCUCUACACUGUGGCAGAGGUGGCUGUUCAUUGGGCUGCAGAUGCCGCAGAGUACGAAAUACAGACCAGUCUUAAUGGUGUGCAGUGGACGCCCAUCUCUCCUCGCGCGUCAGCCCUCAGUGGACAAACCGUUCGGACAGUCUUUCCAGGGAACACACCUGCGACACAAUGGAUUCGCAUUGUUUGUUUAUCCUUCGGACCUACCUGCAGCAUCAAAGAGCUCUUUGUCUAUGACGUGGCCGGGCCCGACUCAGCAACCACGGCAGCUCCAGUAACCACAGCAUUGCCGGCAAGCACUGCUGCGCCAGCUGAGAAUGUGGCUUUGAACAAGCCGGUUCUUGCAUCAUCGUCCAUUUUGCCAGAUGAGUUUGCCUCCAGGGCAGUUGAUGGGCUCAGCAGCACGCAGUGGCGAUCGGCCGCAGGAGAUCAAUGGAUUUGGGUGGACUUGUUGGGGAGGUACACGCUUGAUCAUGACAGGCAGGCCUCCUAAGACGCCUUCAAGGCCGCACAGCACGGCAAGAAGUCUUCCCUGUGUGCGUCAGGUAAGGGUGCAAUGGGGCAACCAGCUGCCCAGCAGUUUCAACUUGGAGACAAGCUUCAACGCAGUCACCUGGGCCUCCGCUGUGGCCCAGCAGCAGCCGGAGUCCACAUCGCAGCGGGUGGACAUUGCCGCCACCACGCAGUGGUUGCGGGUCUACUGCACUGCAGGGUGUAGCAUUCAAGAACUGCAGGUCUAUGGCAGCCCCGCCACUGGCCGGCUGUUGGCAGACGAAGGGACCGCACCCAUUCUGGUGUAAGACUACCGACCUCACCUUGGUCGGUCGAAGUCAACACUCGAGCCACGGACGAACGUGAGCCAAACUUUGAGGGGAUCCACCGGAACCUCAACAGCUCAAAAGGAGCUGUGAGGUUCUUCUUUUUGGCCGGUCCCCAAUGUUUGACUUGCAAAAGGAUCGAUAUGGCAGGCUCAUUGCUCUGCUGUUUCUUCCUUUUUCUUUUUUCGGAGUUGGGCUUCUAACACCUUCCGUGCUAGAGCUCGAUUUCGGACUUUCAUGUGACGGGCGGCGAUCCUGCACAUGGCGACCAUCGUGUCAAUCGUUUUGGGUGCGGAGCCCCGUAAAACCAAGCAUCAGGGUGAUUUUGGGGGUCUCCCAUUUAUUUGAACGUGCUGGCUCAAGGGCUCAAAUCCUUCUCCCA